AUGCAGGCGGACAAGGCAGCAUGUGGUAGGCUCUCGCAGACCUGCACUCUGCGCUUCUCUGUUGCCCGAGGCUACCGGUACCACAAUGGCUGGUCCGGAGCCGGAGCUUCAAGCUCAGGCUCAUGGUGGAGCAGCUCGAGGAGAAGCGUCAAUGUUGACGACAGCCGGCGUUUUAUCCAAAAGCUUUCCCAUGCCAAGGGCACCGCAGCUGCAGUCGAUGGAGGGGACCUGGGCAAGCAGAUUCUGGAUGCCAAAGAUCAGUGGCAGCAGUGCUGGAGUUGUUGUGCUCAAUUGCCUUCCGAGGACGGCUGUGAAAAGCCUCGUGACGAUUUUGUGCAAGAUCCCGCCUUCGGCAUCUCCACCACCACCACCUCCAGCAGGGGCAUGACCAUCAGCUGCAAUGGGAGAAGGUCUGAAGUGUCGGGUCAGACGACGAUGCAGUUGUUUCUCGAAGAGGAAAAGAAAGGUUCACCGGAAAGUGCCGUGGCUGCUGUGGAGGUGGUCAUCAACGCUGUGAGAAAGCUGCUCACGUUGGAGUGGGAUGUCUCCGUUGAGGAGGUCCGAGAGUCGCUGCAGAACAUUCUGGAAGACGCACACGGCUGCCUGCAAAUCAGGCACAAGGACCACAAGGAAGCUGCAAAGAGGAUCACGCUGCUCGUGGACGAGCUGGAGAAGCCCUGGUGCAUCAAACUCAAGCCGACUGCUGGAGAAGAGGGCGCGGAGGAGAGGAUGGGGAAAGGUGAGGACGCGGAGAGCUCGGGGAUCUCUGGAAGUUGGCGCCGCGCCACCGUGGGGUGGCUUGCGCGGCCCGAGAGCUUCUGCCCUGGCACUUUGCCGAAGAUGCAGACGUCGAAGUCCAAGCAGCGUGGAGUGUAUGCCAGCGGCUCUGAGGGCUUUGAGGGUCUGGGGAGGGUCUCCGAGGGAGCAUUCCAAAAAGUCGUCUGCAUAUCAGUCGAGGCCACGCCGGAAGAGUACAUGGACACCAUUGAAAAGCUGAUGAUCGGCAUGACUUUCAGUGAUGGGAAUGCUGCGAUUUCUCCGCGAUGCUGGAUGAAGGACUGCGGUUCUACGCUGUGGCCAAUUCCGGAAAUCAUGGGUCUGCACUGCCGGACGCGUGGGUGUGCACGACCAGUCGUUCUUGCUUGCAGUAACUCCAAGCACGACUCGGGCAUGUGCAAAAAAUGCGCGGCGGACGCGACCCAGCAGCUGAUGGGACGCAAAGGUCACAGGGCCUCCACCCACGUCUAUGACUGUGUGCUGAGCCGUGUCGGCUUUGAUGGAAGGCUUUAUUUCGAGGGCCUGGAGUCGCGGUGUCCUCCACAGAUGAAGAUCCACUGGCGAACGACAAGACGCUUGCAAAGCCCGAACCUCGUCGCUCUUGUGAGGCUCUCCGAGCCAGGUGCGGCGCUGAAAGCAUCGGAUCCCAUCUACUGGGGCGAGGUGUCUCACCACCCGCCUCACGGGGGGAAGCCCCAGGAUGAAGCGCGAAACAGGGAGCACGGCUACAUUGCCAUCAAUGUCUCCUCCAUCACGGGCUUCGACGACGAUAAUCUCACGGAAGGGGAUCAUGCAGCGAUCAUCGACUGCAUGACCUUCGUUCCGGAGUACGUUCCGGUGCUGAAGGCCUUAGAGAAUCAGAGGAUGGGGAACAUGCCCUUCGAGGGUGGGGCAUUGCUGAAUCUGUGCUCCUGGCACAGACCAGAUCUAAGCGGCUUGCUGGAUGCAACCGCAGACCUCAGCAACUACCGGCUGCUGGUGGCCUCCAUGGUAGAAGAGAGCAGCCUCCCUCCCAUCAUGGCUGUGCGCCGGGAUCCAGUGCUCUCAGAGAAGAUGUGUGAAGAUUUGGUGGCUCUGCUGAAGGAGGCCACGCUCGACGAGGGACAGAUGCGGAGCUUCAUCGAUGGUCUGAAGAGCCCCGUGCACUUGACCCAAGGGCCUCCGGGAACAGGGAAGUCUUACCUGGGCGUGGUGAUGGUGCGGGCCCUUAUGAUCGUGCGCAAGUUCUGGGUCAAGGUGGAUGAAUCCGUCGGCACUCCACCAAUCCUUGUUCUCAGCUAUAAGAAUCACGCCAUUGACGAGUUCCUCCUUGAUCUCAUCAAAGCCGAGUCUCGGCUGGCAAGGGGACCUGGGCUCAUCCGCAUCGGUGGCGGUGCCUCCCUUGAUCCACGUCUCGGGGCCUUCUCAGAGAGGACGCUGGGCCGACAAGAUUGGGAGGUGGCAGGUCUCAAAAGGACCGUGCAGUGGCUCCACGAGCUCUCGUCGGCCUGCAAGGAUUUGUGCAGUCGCGCGAAGAGCUUCGGUGGCUUUCAGGCAGACAUGUUUGCGCAGCAUCCGAAGGACGAUCAGACGGUGGCGCAAAAGAAGCGCAACAAGUGUGCCUACGAGGCUACCGAGAUGCUGUUGGCCAGCUUGGUUCGCAUUUGCCGUUUGACGAAGGCAAAGCGUCGUGAGGAGGAGGGACACUUCGGUGAGGACGACGGCGACAGCGACGGCGGCUUCCUCACACAGGUGGAUUUCCUUCGGGAGGAAGCGCAGGAUCCCCGGAGUCGCCGGGCGCAGACCUCGCUGAGCCGAGCCAAGAUCUUCCUCGAAGUCCCCCAGCUCGAGGCCGGAGUCGCCCACUACGUGGAGCUCGGCCACGCGGAGCUGGAGGAUCCAAGUGAGGUGCUGUACAUGUUCCUCCGUGGCGACCGCCCUCUGCCCAUGUGCAAGUACAGAUUUGGUGAGUGCGAAAGCCUGGCCUACUCUCACGAUGCGGACUUCUGCGUGCAUCACAGCUGCUGGGUGGAAUCGGACAACGGCACUUGGUGCCGAAAUCCUGUUUUGCCUCAGCGCUGGGCUUGUGCGGAACAUGCAUGCCAAGUUGAAAGCUGCGAAAGGAGAAAGCUGCCAGCUCCACAGCUUUUCUGUGAAGAUCAUGCUUGCAAGAAAUGCUUGUCCUUGGGCAAGAUCUCACCGCUUGCUGGCGAUGACCCUCCCCGGAAUGUCUGCAUGGAGCAUCCGCUUUGUUACCAAUGCCAUGAGUUCGCUGUGCCUGGCAAAGACGUCUGCGAGAGUCACGAUGUGAAGCAGUGCCAGUACUCGUCGUGGUGGGGCUGGUCUUGCUCCAAUCCUUCGAUUCCCGGUUACAACUACUGCAGCCGUCACAUGCAGAGCUACAGUUACUAUGAUGGCUCAGCCGUCGAGGAAGUUCGCGCUGAAGGGUCAGAUGGAGCCUAUGAGAAGGCUCAGAGCUUGAGGGCAAAGACAUCCUUGUACUGCGCCGGUGUGAACCGCAAAGGCAAGAAAUGCCAAGCCAUGGCCAUGCCAGGCUCGCAGUUCUGUCACGCCCACGCUCCGGCAGCAGACCUUGCGCGCGAGGUGGCCAAGGAGUCGAAGGAAGAAGAGGAGGCGGCAAGAAGGGCGCAGCAGGAGGGUGGAGAUCCGGCAGAUGAGGAGCAGGUCCCGGUCCCCGACGGCCCUCGCGAGGACAUGGGAAUCGAGGAGGUGGAGUUUGCCUCCGCGGCCGGGCAGUCCGAUGACCUUCCCCAGGCUCAAGAGGCCGACGGCCGCUAUGACAACCAGGAUGAGGUGGAGGAGGCCGACAAUUUGCAGCAUCUGAGAGAGGUCUAUGACUUCGAGGGCUUCAGUGAGGAGUCCUCUGAGGGAGGCCAGGGCCAGGACCAGGAGGAGCUCGCGGCCGAAGACGCGCCCGACGUGGGCCCAGAGGACCCCAACUCGCCCCACCUCCUCGAUUCCAAGGACUGGACUUGGGAGCUGAACCUGGAGCAGCGCUGGGCAGCGUGCGAGAGCCUGAUGACCAGGCAGAGGAGCCUCCUCCUGGAGCUCAUGGAGAGGAUCCGGCAGCAGGUCUACCUGAAGAGGAGGAGGCUGCACGAAGCCGAAGUUCGGGCCAGCGCCCGGGUCUACGAAAAUAAGAGCGUCAUCGGCGGCACCAUCGUCGGAUGUAUCUCGCGCCUCGAGGCGAUCCGGUCCACAAACCCCUUCGCCAUCGUCGUCGAAGAGGCCUCGGAAGUCCUGGAGCCGCUUCUUUUCUCGUGCUUCUGCCAGAGCACGCUCAAGCUGGAAAUGAUCGGUGACCAUCUGCAGCUCCAGCCAUCCAUCAUGCAGAAGUUCGCUUUCGAAAGGAUCAACAGCGUCAAUGUCUCAAUGUUCGAGCGCCUCAUCAGGGCACCGGAGGAGCACCGGGUGCCCUCCGCUGUGCUCAAGACACAGCGCCGCAUGCGCUCGCACAUCUGCGACCUGACGCGGGAGUACUAUGAAAGCAUCGUUGCCAUCGAGGACCACGAAGUCUGCUCAACACGAAAGAUCCCAGGCUCUCUUGCCAAGCAGAGUGCGGGCAAGGGCAGGGAGGUUCCGGGCGUCCAGUCCAACAUCUUCUUGUGGACACACUCGGGAAGCCAGGGGAAGGCAGAUGUUGGAAUGUCCAAAGUGAACCGUCACGAAGCAGACAUGGCUGUCUGGCUAGCUUAUUACUUGGUGCAAUGUGGUGUGCCAAAGACAUCGAUUGUGAUCUUGACACCAUACAAGGGCCAAUUGAUGCUGAUGCGAAAGCUCCUUUUCGCUGACCAGUCCGACCAGAAGCUUUUGUCCAGAGACUGGGACAACACUGACCAAAUACGGUUGUCAACGGUGGAUCGCUUCCAAGGUGACGAGGCAGACAUCGUCAUCGCAUCCCUGGUGGUGGACGAGUAUUCUCGCACACCCUUCGUGAAGCUCGUGAACCGGAUGAUCGUUCUGCUCUCACGUGCCAGACUGGGUAUGUACAUCCUUGGCAACACCGGCUACUUCGAGAACUCCCGGCAGGAAAUCAAGCAUUGGCAGCGGACAUUUGCCCUUUUGCAGGAGCCAGCUUCAAAGACGGACAAUGCUGACCCGGGCGUGGCAGAGGUCUUUGAGAGGCAGCGGGUGGGCCCCAAGCUGCCGCUGUGUUGUCCGCAGCAUCCACUGUCCGUUUUCGAUGCAGUGAAAGCAGAAGAGCUCCAGCUGGGCUUCUGUGGUGUUCCAUGUCAAGUCCGGCUUCCAUGCUCCCACCCCUGUGGUCUUAAGUGCCACUGGCCGCAGCAGACGCACAACAAGAAGUGCGUGGCGGCAGUUCCUUCCCCGUGUGCACGUCACGAAGCGGAUAUCACCUGCGAAAGUGUCUUCGCCAACAGUGAUGCAGACAAGCGUGAGACGAUCGACGAAGCGUUGCGGACAUAUCGCUGUCCCAUCAAAGUGAAGGUGACGCUCCCUUGCAUGCACGAGAAAGAGAUGUCGUGCCGGGACGAGGAAGACAUUCAAAGUGGACAGAAGAGCUGGCCGCAGUGUGAGGAAAUGUCUCACACACCGUACGUCUAUCCCGACUGCAGGCACACGAUGGAUGUCAAGUGCUACAUGCUGAACGAGUACAACGCCGGAAGAAGUCAGGUGCCCAAAUGCGAGCAGAUGGUCGACUACGUGCCAAUCUGCGAGCACACAGCCAGGGUGAAAUGUUGGCUAAAGCAAGCCUACCAGCGCAGCAGCGCGGCCCAGUUCGUAUGCCCCGUGAAGCAGGACAUCAAACUGCCACGAUGCAGCCAUGCAGCCAAGGUGUCAUGUGCCGAGAACAUCCAGCUGCAAGCAUGGCAAGGAGGACGCUGCGCAGAGCAGGACAUUGUGCGCGAAGGAGUGGAGUAUGGCCCUCUGGACAGAGUCUGCUGCGAAAAGGUGACAUUCGUGCGACGAUGCGGCCACCAGGAACGGGUGGAAUGCGGCAGGGCCUUUGAUUUGGCGAGGAUUGACUCUCACUGCCAGGAGAAGGUUUCAGCCUGUCAUCCGGAAUGUGGUCACGAUAUUCGCAUCUCUUGCCAUCGCUCGCGCCAACUGGAGGGGUCGGCACGUCCUGACAAGCCGCUCGACGAGCUCACGGAAGGAUGCAUAUCGCCUGUCCCGGUUCACUUGGCGGACAUCAAGUGCACGGCUCAGGUUGUGAUCAAGAGGACCUGUGGCCACCAACAUCAAAUCGCUUGCAAUUUGAAGUCAUCAGCAUUGCCGCCUUGCAAAGAGUCCAUCACAGUGCGAAGCCCCCUUUGCGGACACGAGAUCCAGAUACCAUGCCACGCACGAGCCACGCUCGAGAGCUGGCAGCCCUGGGAUGAGAAGGCCAUGGAGUCCCUCACCACGAAGAACGUCCUGCCGGCGGCUGCAAGGCCCACGCAGGCUCAGUUGGAUGAUCAGCUCAUGGCGGCCAUUAGAGGCUGCAGGCAGACCGUGAAGGUGGAGCGACCUUGCGGACACUCGGCGGAGUUUAACUGCAAGCAGCUGGUGCAGUUGUUGAAGCAGCAGGAAGUCAAGGGCCACUGCUCCGUAACCGUCGAGAAGCCACUGGCCUGUGGCCACAUGGCCUCCGCCACCUGCCGGAAGUUUCAGGAUUACGAGCAGGGCAAGGCCACCAUAAAGUGUACGCAGAAGCGCCUGACGGAGUGCUGGAACGCCGCAGCUUGCAAAUCCAAGCGGCUCAUGGUUGAUUGUGCGGAGUCGCGCAAGGUCUGCUGCGGCAGGGAGAUCGCCUGGACCUGCGAAAAGUCACACACCUUCCACCUGAAGAUGUGCCAGGAAGGCAGGCCAUCCGAGUGUCCUUCCUGCAGUGCGGAGAGGCUCUCAGCUGCCGUGGAAGACACGGCAAAGCGCAUGGACGACACGAGCCAGCCCUUGCCCAGCCUGGACGUCUUCGCAAGCUUGGCGGAGGAGAUACAGCCGACGGAGAUGCCGCCUGAGAUGACUCGCCGCUUCCUCGCGCAGAAGCAGGUUCUGCUGAGCAAGUUCCAGGAGCUAUCGGGGCGGACGCCAGUUUGGCAGCGGCGAAGCUUCCAGGAGAAGCUGAUCCCCAUCUUCCACGUGCUGGAGGGCGCCGCUGUCAAAGAUGCCCAUAAAGGAUUCGCUCAGCUGGGCAAGUUCCGAAAGGAGUCGACCCUUGGCGGAAUCCAGGUGCAUCGUCUCACGGCCGCGAACCUGCAGAGCUUUGCCACCGAGAAGGUGAAGGAAGGGACGGCCCAUCUUCUCCUCGGAUACGCCUAUUCUCUCAGCAGCUGCAGUGACAAAUGGCCCAACAAGAAGAACAAGCAGGCUCCGAGCCGGUGGCGGCAACAAGGCUUCGACAGCUUCGAGGCUGAGGACCUCCCCGGGCCGAAGCGAUUCGUGGUCUGGGAGCCCUUCGCGCUCUACGCCACGCAGCACCUCCAGGUGAACAAGCCGAUGCUGACGAAGAUGGUGCACCACCUGGCCGGGGAGAUCCUCGUGGACUUAAAGCCGAGGCACAUCUCCUUCAUCAAGCCCGAAGGAAAGCUGGUGCUUGGAACCUGCCAGGCGGAGGAAGGCGGUGGUGAUGCAGAGCCCUCUGACGACGCAACGUUCUCCAUCGUUCAGGAGCUGCAAGGCAGCCCGGCAGAGGGGUUCUCGUUCCCCGCGUCUUGGGAUGGCGCAGCUUUGGCUCCCGGUGAGCUGACGGAGGGGCAGGAGAAGGAGCUUGCAAAGAAGCUUUCCUUUGUGAAUCCGGCCGCGGCGCCGUUUGCGGGGAAGAGUCUCCUGGACAAGCUCAUGAAGGAAAGGGAGGUUCCCCUUCCACUCCUGGACCUGCUCAUGGCCCUGGAAGUGUACAAUGCAGAUGGCGAUGUGGCCAAAAGCCAUCUCGACAGCUACCUGACUUCCCUUCGAGCUUCCACCAGGCAAGUCGCGCAUCCGUUGCUGCUGCUGGCCUUGCACCGAGUGGAGGGCCUGCGCAUCCUUGAAACUGCUCUACGCCGCUUCCCGGAGAUCGAGCCAGUGCUUACAAGCGACGAGAAGACCUCGCUGCAUGCCAACGACGGCAAGCCCAAGGAUUUUGCGGCGACCACCGAUCUGUUGGCCACGUGGGAGGAGAUGAAGGAAACGAAAGGCUGUGCUUCGGAAGCCAUGGAUCAACUUCUCGCGCUGACUGGAUUGAAGAAGGUGAAGAUGAAGGCCAUUGACCUCUACAAGUCGGCUCUUCAGUUCCAGCGCAUGGAUCCGGAGAAGAGGAAGAAGAACGCGCCCAAUCUGAAUUAUUGCUUCAUGGGAAAUCCCGGUACCGGGAAGACAACCGUAGCACGCUUAUUCGCUUCCGUGCUACACGACUCGGGCCUGCGGAGCAAGAACGUUUUCCAGGAGUGCACGGCCCAAAAGCUCAAGGACGGUGGCGUGGAUGAGUUUCGGAAGCUGGCUCAGGAAGCAUUGGACGGAGUGAUCUUCAUUGAUGAGGCUUAUGACUUGGAUCCGGCAGGCGACAAGUUCAAGGGCGCACCGAUUGUGAAUGAGCUCGUCACCCUCACCGAGAACGAGCGUGCACGUCUCACUUGCAUUCUUGCUGGAUACGAGGAUGACAUGAAUUCCAAGAUCUUUGCCUACAACACCGGCCUCAAGAGCCGUUUCACCGAAGUCCACUUCGAGGACUUCGAUGAAAAGGAGCUCGCUCAGAUUUGGAUUCACAUGCGGUCCCAGCGUGGUUGGAGCGAAGAGGAUUCGCGCCUUACAGAUGUCGUCGUGCGAAGAAUGGCGAAGAGUCGUGGGAAGAAAGGCUUCGGCAAUGCCAGGGAGGUGAGAAAGUGCUUGGAAGCGGCUGCAGAAAGCGCAAUGAGCCAUUCAGAUUUCGAUCCUCAAGCCAUGUCACUGCGCUUUGUGGAUGUUGUGGGUGAGGAUCCCAGAUCGAAUCCAAAGCUACAACGCGUCCGCGACGAAAUCGAGCGGAAGACUGGUUGGAGAAAGAUCAAGAAAACCAUUGACGAGUUGAUCACCAUAUGUGGGACCAACUAUCACAAGGAGCUGAACGGUGAGAAGCCACUUCCAGUUUUCUUGAACCGCAUGUUUCUGGGGAAUCCCGGCACAGGCAAGACGACCUGCGCCAAGCUGUAUGGAGAGCUGUUGAAGAACUUGGGCUUUCUUAGCUCCGGAGAUGUGGUCUUGAAGACAGCUGGCGAUCUCGGGGGCUCGGUGGUCGGCGAAGCCCAGCAAAAGGUCCUCAGUGUGCUACAAUCUGCUGCCGGGAAAGUUCUGGUAAUCGACGAGGCAUACAACCUCAACGACGGUUUGUAUGGAAAGCAGGUGCUGGAUGUCCUUGUAGAGAAGAUCCAGGGUGGUGACAGCGACGACAUAGCGGUGUUACUCCUUGGAUAUGAGGACCAGAUGCUGUCCAUGUUGCGGGAGCAAAAUCCUGGCCUUGCACGCCGCUUCCCUCCGGAACAAGCGUUUUAUUUCGAGGACUACACAGAUCAGGAGCUCAUGGACAUUCUGCGCAACCAUUGCCGCAGCGAGGGUGUGAAGCCCUCCCUGGAUUUCCAGGAGAAGGCGAAGAGGAAGCUUGAUAUGCUUCGCCGAAGCGAGUCCCACUUCGGCAAUGCUGGUGCUGUGAUGAACCUCGUGAAGGCAGCCAUGCUGAAGGCUUCCUCUCGUGGCCAAGGAGACGGCCCCUUAUGCUUGGAGGCAUCGGACAUCGACAUCGGACCCGAAGCUGAAAACCAAAAGGAUCCUUUCGCCCCUCUUGAGAAGCUCUAUCGGAUGGAAGGAAUCAGGCAAAAGCUACAGCAGCUCAGCAAUGCCUUCUCUGUGGCAUCGGAGGAGGGGGAUGAAGCUCCUGAACUCGGCCACUUCGUGUUUACGGGCGCCCCCGGCACCGGCAAAACGACAGUGGCUCGGGUGAUGGCGCAGAUUCUCUUCCAGCUCCGACUCCUAGCGAAGGAUCGUGUGCAAGAAACAUCGGGCUUGAACCUGACGGGAGAGUACCUUGGGCAGACCAAGAAGAAAGUGGAGGAGCAGCUGGAGGCUGCAAAAGGCGGAGUGCUGUUCAUCGAUGAGGCUUACGAGCUCGGCAAGGGACCUUACGGUCAGGAAGCAUGCACCGCCAUCGUUGCGGCCAUGACGGACCCAAAGUACGCAGGUGUGGUGAUCAUCAUUGCCGGCUACCCGGGUGACAUCAACGCCAUGCUGGACACCAACCCGGGUCUCAAGAGUCGCUUCACCCAUUUCUUCGAGUUCCCCGACUGGACGGCCGGCGAUUGCUUAGAUCUGAUCCAAAAGCGAGCAGCGAGCGGCAGCUUCGGCUUGGCCCCGGAGGCAGUCACAGUGCUGCAGGAAGGCUUCGAAGUGCUUCGCGGCUUGGACGGAUGGGGCAACGCGCGUGACGUGGACAAGGUCUGGAAGGAGUGUCUCCAGCAGCGAGCCGACCGCGUGGUGAAAGCGCCCGAAUGUGCCGAGAAGACGUUGCAAGAGAGUGACAUCCGGCCGGCGAUCCAAAAGCUCUUGGCCGCUCGCGGCCCCAAGGCAGCUCCAAAGGUCCCCAGCUUCCCGUGGGAUGCUCCUUGCGAGAUGCCAUCUCAAGCCCGGGAGAAACCGGCGCAGAGCCAGAAGCAGGCCCAGCGCGAAGAGGAAGCUCCUGCCGAAGCACCCGGCCCAGCCGACGUCGAAGAGAGGGAUCCAGGGGUCAGUGACGAAGACUGGCAGGAACUGCAGAGAGCCAAGGAGGCUUAUGCAGAGGAGCAGGAGCGUUCGGCCCGCGAGCUGCACGAGCUAGAGGAGCGCCUGAAAGCCGAAGCCGCCCAGCGCGAGGAGGAGCUCCGGCGAGAGCUCGAGGCGGAGCUUCGACACCUGGAGGCCCUGGCGGCAGAGAAGGCGGAGCAGGAUUGCUUAGAGGCCGAGAGAAUCCGGGCCAAGGCCGAGCUCGAAGCGCGGCUCGAGAGCGAGCGUUUGGAGAGAGAGCGACGGCGCCUGGAGGAGCAAGCUCGGAUCCGAGCCGAGCAGGAGAAGCAGGCGAGGAUUCGAGAGAAGCUUCGCCAGAUCAGUCCCUGUCCCGCCGGCUUCAGCUGGUACAAGACUGGAGGAGGCUGGCGUUGUGGCGGCGGCAGCCACUUUGUCUCGGACUCUCAGCUGAAUGCGCACUUCACGCACUGA